CCUCGCACUCUUUACAGUGCAGUCACCAAAUAUCCCCUUUAUCUACUUCAUCAAGUUAACACCUCCUCGUUAUCAGUUCUGUGCAAUCUGCCGGGCUCUGUUCUCAAAGCAGAGUCCUCUCUCCGCACCUUUCUCUGCCGUUUUCCUCUCAUCAUCUCCUUCGGCUGUUUCGACGAUGGCGGACAUCUCAGAACAAGACACCCUGAUUGCGCAAUUCACGGCAGUUGCAGGGACUUCGUCUAGACAGGCUCGACAAUUCCUUACUGCCUCCGACUGGAACCUUGCGAAUGCAAUAGCCAACUACUACGCCGCACAAGAAGAUCACACGGAAGAUGCUGCAGAUGAUUCUGACUACAUGGAUGAAGACGAAGCGGACCCCUCACAUCAGCCUCAGUCCCGGUUCGGCGGCGGUCGACUUUUAGGUGAACUUCCACUAGACUCUCAACCCAUUCCUGUCGCUGCCAGCUCCGGCCCUUCGCAACCCAAAAAGAACAACUCCGGGCAAAAGAAGUUUGCUACACUAAGCGACGUUGCUUCUGGUGGUGCGGCUGGCCACGACUCGGACGAUGAUGACAAUCAAGAUCUCUUUGCGGGUGGAGAGAAGUCAGGUUUGGCUGUGCAGAAUCCAGACGACCUGAAGAAGAGAAUUCUAGAAAAAGCCCAAAAGCGUGGUCCACCUCCUAAAGACGCACCCUCCAAGAAGUCCCAUUUCACCGGCUCGGCACGCACUCUGGGAGGAGAUGAUGCCCCGUCUCGAGAGAUCCCAGCUGCGCCUCAACCUAGAGCCGGAGCUGAGCGUGUCGAACGUGUCCUGCACUUCUGGCAGGAUGGUUUCAGCAUUGAUGACGGAGAUCUGUACAGGAUCGAUGACCCUCGGAAUGCAGAGAUCUUGAACCUGAUUCGGCAAGGACGGGCGCCACUGAAUAUUAUGAAUGUUCAGCCUGGCCAGGAAGUGGACGUGGAGAUAAAACAGCAUGAUGAGAAAUACGUCAAACCGAAGAAGAAGUUCAGAGCUUUCGAGGGCUCAGGACAUCGUCUGGGAAGUCCAACACCAGGAGCACCGUCGAUGCCUGGCGCAUUUAGCUCAGAGCCAGUUGCCCCUGCUUCCACCUCCACGGCUGCAGCUGCUCCCACAACCGAUGUGGAUGAAUCAAAGCCCACGGUUACCCUGAGAAUCAGUCUAGGAACUGGCACGAGAUUGACGUCGCGGUUCAACACGACCCAGACGAUUGGUGAUGUGUACGACUUCGUCCGCCGCGCUGAACCUGGCGGCAGAGAAUUUGUUCUUCAGACCACAUUCCCAACCACUGAACUCACAGACAAAUCACAAGUCCUUGGUGAUAUGGCAGAUUUCAAGCGUGGAGGAGCUGUGGUUCAGAAAUACCUUUGAAAAGCAGCCUUGGCUGGUGUAGCAUUACUGGCGCCAGGGACCUAUUCCUCUUCUAGGCUGUAUACAUUUUACGGCAUGAUGACAUGCGGGAUCCAACAGGAUUCUGGACAACGGAACUGACGAAAGGAUUAGAUGACAGACGAAGUAGAAAAUAGCAAACACAUUGAAUUGCA